CUCCCCUCUCGUUAGUAUGUCUUAUCAUCCUGUUAAAUCACAGUAUCAUGGGAUGUGAUUUACUUCUUACAUUAUGAAAUGUAUUAAAAAGUGAAUAAACCACAUUGUUUUUGUGUUUGAAUAAUAUAAUUAAUUAAUCUUGGCAAGCAGUUAAAUGGAUAGCAGUGAAUCGCUGUUGAUGUUAGCAAUAGAAGAUGAUGACUGUGCCGAAGUUGCCAUAUUACUAGACAAAGGUGUGGUCAUAAGUUAUAUAGAACCGGCAGGAUUUUCACCGUUAUUCACAGCUGUAUAUAGGGGAAAUUUAGAGACAGUAGAACUCUUACUUAAAAGAAAUGCCAAUGUUAAUGCCAAUGUUAACACCUAUGAAAAUCGAUUUGUUCAAUAUGUACCUCCGCUUCUACACCUAGCAGCCUGGUGUGGUCGUCUUGAUGUGUUAACCUUAUUGAUCGCAUAUGGUGCAUCUUUAGAAACCAAAUGUAUAAAUGGAUUACUACCAAUACAUAUAGCAGCAGAAGGAGGCUGUUUUAAUAUAGUUAAAUAUUUUAUAGAAAAUAAAUUGUAUCAUGUUAAUACUACAUGUCGUAGGGACCUUCGGACGCCUUUAAUGUAUGCUGUCACCGCAAGUCACACAGAAAUUGUUGAGUAUUUAGGCCAAUACAAUGCCGAUGUUAAUACAGCAGAUGUGUCUGGAAAUACAGCCUUGCACUUUGCAUGUCUGAAAAAUCUUGAAGAUAUUAUCAAUAUAUUGAUAAGGAAAGGUUCUAACCUCGAUGCUAAAAGGGGCGAUGGAGAAACACCUCUACAAAUAUGUGUUAGGCAGGGAAACCUUAGCGCAGCAAGGCGUCUUAUAGAAAGCGGGGCAAGAUCUUAUCUUGAAAGAGGUGUUAGUGGCAACAGCCCAAUGCACUUAGCAGUUCAGUACAAUCAAAAGGAAAUGCUGGAAUAUUUCUUCAAAAUGGGCAUUAGUGCUGAUUUUCAAACAGUACGUGGCUACUCUUUGUUGCAUGAGGCUGUUGAAUGUGGCAAACCACAAAUGGUUGAGUUUUUACUUCAAAACGGAGCAAAUACCGAGAGUAAAAUGAAUUCUUUUACAGCCUUACAUAUGGCUUCAACGUUUAUGUACUUUGAUGUUAUACAAGUUUUAUUAAAUAAUGGAGCUGAUGUAAUGGCAGUAGAUAAAAAUGGUCAAAGACCAUUAGAUUUUUUGUAUGAAAAUUUUAUUGAUGAUGUACGGGAGCUGGAAAGCGAUAGAAUAAAAUGUUGUACGGAGCUAUUAGUAAAACAUAUGUUAUUAUUUUACAAAUAUAUAGAAGUGUCAAAGUUUGAUAAAUUUCCAUGUGGAGCAAGUAUAGAUGAAUUUAAACAGAAGUGCCAAGAAGAAAUCGAACAAAUGAAAACCUGUUUGAUAAAAAAUACCACAGUGUCUUUAUAUACCUUUUUACAAGCCUUACGCAAUAAAAAUAAAUUAUUAAUUUUUUUACGCAAUCACGAAUUACAAGAAGAACUGAACAAUGUUACACAGUAUAUUGACAAAUAUCCGAUUUACUCCAGCCUUUUGCCAAUGAUCUUAGAUGAAGUACAUAACGGUAUGGAAAGACUACUGUUACUAGAAAAAGCUGGUACUGCAAUGGAUAUCAUUGUUCCAAACCUUAUAUUGGAGUGUAAAAUAAACAUCUUACAAAUGCUAAACAAUAAGGAUCUUUCUAGUCUCAUUGAAUCGGUAAAAGUCUAAAGUCUAAUUUUUUUAGUCAUGCCUUAUUUUGCUUCCUCUUCGAGUGCUUUAUACUUUUAAAAGCGUUGCUCAUCGGUAGCACUUUAUGUAGGAACUUAUUUCAUUUUUUUAUUAGUGUAACUAUCAUAGGUUGAUUCAUCAUGAUAUUCGUUUAUAUCAAUCGGUCCCCUUUUUUGCUAUUAAUGAAAUUUUUCAGCAAUCCACAUUGUGUAUAGUAUAGAGUAUAGCGCAUAAUAUUCAAGUAUUAUAUGCUUAUAUUCGUAAUAUUCAUAGUAUGCCAAAUUGAAUAAAUUCGAUCAACAUUUUAAUAUACAGAUUCGUCUUUUCUUACACAUGUUUUUCAACAAAAUAUUUUUAUAUCUAUUAUACCUUUUUGUAUCCUUUUUAUACCAAUAUCCUAUACCUUUUGUA